GGGGGGGUGGGGCUCCAGGGAGCGCUUCUGCCCCUGCUGGUGCCUGUAAAUUGGGUGCUGGGACGGUUGUGCCGAGGCGGGGGGGGGAGGGAGAUGUCAUCGCUUUUUCCUGACAGGGACACCCUCACCACGCUCCACUCGGGCUCUGCCUACCGGCAAGGCCCCGCGGCCAUCCCAGCGCCAUGGUGAGGAACAUGGACGACUUCGACUUCUGCCUGCCUUCACAUGCCCAGGGUGUGCUGGAAGGGCUGCAGCGGCUGCGUGCCAACCCCAAACUGGCAGAUGUGACGCUGGUGGCAGGAGGGCGGGAGUUCCCCUGCCACCGCGGCGUCCUGGCCCUCUGCAGCCACUACUUCCACGCCAUGUUCUCCGGCGACUUUGCUGAGAGCACUGCAGCACGGGUGGAGCUGAAGGAGGUGGACCCCAGUGCGCUGGAGAUGCUGCUUGACUUUGCCUACACAGGGAAGGUUACCAUCAACCAGGGCAACGUGGAGGAGCUGAUGCGGACUGCCAGCCAGCUCCACUUCCCCACUAUCCAGAAGGUCUGCAGCCGCUACCUCCGGCAGCAGAUGGAUGCCACCAACUGUCUAGGUAUCUGUGAGUUUGGUGAGAGCCACGGCUGCCCUGAGGUCUCCUCCAAGGCCUGGUCUUUCUUGCAGGAGAACUUUGAAGCCAUCUCUCAGCAGGAGGAGUUCCUCCAGCUCUCCAAGGAGAGGUUGGCUACCUACCUCUCCAACGACCAGCUGCAGGUGCAGGAGGAGCAGAGCCUGGCUGAGGCCGUGCUGCGCUGGGUACGCCAUGACCCUGGGUCCCGAGCCCAGUUCUUGCCUGAGCUGCUGGAGCUGGCCCACCUUGUCUCACUGCCCGACCAGUACCUUCAGAACCUGCUUGCCACUGAGCCCCUUGUACGUGACUCAGAUGCCAGCAAGGCCCUUGUCACCCAAUCCUGCACAAUGGGGCAGAGCGAUGCCGGUGCCCAGAAGAACCCCCCAACCCCAGCGCAGAAGCUGGAGGAGGUGCUGGUGGUGGUUGGUGGCCGCGUGCUAGAGGAGAGUGAGGAUGAGGACAGGGGGCUGGAGAUGCCGGCCACCCACAGGAACUUUGCUUUCUACAACCCCAAAAGCAGGCAAUGGAUGGCUCUGCCUGACUUCCCCGAUUACAACAAAUGGGGCUUUUCCCUGGUGUCUCUGAACAAUGAUGUGUACGUCACAGGUGGCUCCCGGGGGUCCCAGAACAACACGUGGUCGACGACCCAGGCCUGGCGCUUCUGCCCCAGGGAUGGCACUUGGAAGCCCAUCACCCCCAUGCUGAGAGCCCGGACAAACCACACCAGCGCUGUCCUCAAUGGUGAGAUCUACGUCAUUGGGGGGACGACGGUGGAUGCGGUGGAAGUGGAGCGCUACGACCCCUACAACAAGAGCUGGUGUGCCAUCAGCCCAGCCCUCAAAUAUGUCAGCAAUUUUGCGGCCGCCAGCUGCUUGGGCAAGCUCUACCUGGUGGGCUCAUGUGCCAUCAAGUACAAUGCGCUCACCCUGCAGUGCUACAACCCUGUCCAAGAUCUGUGGUGUGUGAUCACAUCCCCCUUCAUCCCUAAGUACCUCUCGGCCCCACGCUGUGCCACCCUUCGUGGGCUCAUCUACCUCAUUGGGGACAACACCAAGAAGGUCCACAUGUACAACCCGGAGGCCAACAUCUGGCAGAAGGUGCAGCUCCUGCAUACGCUCCACGAGAAUGGUGGGAUGGUGCCGCUGGGCGAUCGGCUCUUCGUCACCGGUGGCCACUGGAAGGGCAUCAACGGGGACUAUCAAGUGGAGAUGGAGGUGUAUGACUGUGCCAAGGACCUCUGGACACGGGAGGGCUCCCUGCCCUGCCUCUGGCUCUUCCACAGCUCCUCCUCCAUUUUCAUGGACACCUCCAAGUGGACAGAGUCUUUCCAGGGUAACCAUGGGUGGUAGGAGAGCCCACGGUGUCGCCCGCCAUCCUGUGCAGCUGCUCUCCCCCUCUCACCUCUCUCCCCACUGCCAGUUCAGCUCUGUGGUGGGGGACAUGUAAAACCCCCUGCCAGGCUGGCUGGGG